AGCCCACUGACUGCCUCGGUAGCGCGGGCAGAGGCUGGACGGAGUUGACGGGAACGCGCAGUGCCAUAAGUUAACGGGAAAGAGAUCUCUGCUGUCAAACCGACCUCCGCCUCACUUCUGAUAGCUGCCCUCAGAGCUUUCUGUGGCUCCGACUGACUCCCCACCUUUCCAGCAUUCUCUUUCUUUUUCAUAGUCUCCCUGUUUUUCUCUCUCUCCUUCUUUCUCUCCAUACCAGUACAAACAGCUUUCUGGACGAUUUUAACGGACACRUCGUGGAACGUUUUUUUUGUUGCGUUUACAAGCUGUGAUUAUUUUCUUCACCAACACCAAUUGACUGAUGACAUUUUAAUGUGUACUUUUUUCGGUGUCUGAUGACUUAUUGAUUUUUCGGGGUUAAAUAUUAUGCGGGCUCUACCCUCGAGCUGCGCCCUGAGAGGGAUCCCAUGAGUUCCGCUAAGUGUGACAAGACCCCACGGUGCGCUUGGACAUUUCGGAGUACUACUUGCUCGUGCGCGCCCUGCAACCAUGGAGCGGUCACGYGUCGGUCUGCUGUUCCUCGCGCUCUGCCUUUUACGUGUGAAAGUCAGCGGGAGAAAUCCCACGUGUCACUUCCUCUGGGAGCUGCAGAGGGCAGAGCUAGUAUGUCAUUAUGAGCUGAAGAAACAAUCCAUGGAGCCUGCAGGCUGUGGUGGCCUAUGGGACAACAUUUCGUGUUGGGCCCCAGCAGCAGUAGGGGAAGAGGUGACUCUCUCCUGCCCCCCUGCUCUCACACACCUCUUCGGACGACAAGGCAACAUCAGUAGGAACUGUACCGAGGCUGGCUGGUCUGACGUCUACCCCAGCCUCAGCACUGUCUGCUGGUCCAGUGACAACAAACCCAACAUGCUGCUGUUCUACUCGGUGGUGAAGACUCUGUACACUCUGGGCCACAGUCUCUCCCUCAUCGCUCUCAUCACCUCUACACUCAUUCUCUGUCUGUUCAGGAGGCUCCACUGUACUAGGAACUACAUCCAUGUGAACCUGUUUGUGUCGUUCAUCUUGCGAGCUGUGGCCGUGCUGGUUAAAGACUCUGUUAUCUUCUCCCAUAAUGAAAACACUGACUGUAGCACGCAGCCCUCACUGGUGAGAUUCCCACUGUAUAUUGCAAAAUGUAUGCCAAUGUCUGUCUCCAAGUACUGUCUCCAAUAUCUGUCUCCAAUGUCUGUCUCCAAGGACUGUCUCCAAUAUCUGUCUCCAAUGUCUGUCUCCAAUAUCUGUCUCCAAGGACUGUCUCCAAUGUCUGUCUCCAAUGUCUGUCUCCAAGGGCUGUCGCCAAUGUCUGUCUCCAAUGACUAUCUCCAAUGUCUGUCUCCAAGGACUGUCUCCAAUGUCUGUCUCCAAGGACUGUCUCAAAUGUCUGUCUCCAAGGGCUGUCGCCAAUGUCUGUCUCCAAUGACUAUCUCCAAUGUCUGUCUCCAAGGACUGUCUCCAAUGUCUGUCUCCAAUGUCUGUCUCCAAUGUCUGUCUCCAAUGUCUGUCUCCAAUAUCUGUCUCCAAUGCUGGGAGAGGAAUGACAUCCCCACCCCUUGGAGGGUGAUCAACUGGCCCAUAAUGGCGUCUGUGAUAAUCAACUUUGUUCUUUUUAUCAGUAUCAUCCGUAUUCUAGUCCAGAAACUACGCUGCUCUGACAUGGGCGGGAACGACCAAUCACAAUACAGGCGUCUGGCUAAGUCCACCCUGCUGUUGAUCCCUCUCUUUGGAGUCAACUACAUGGUGUUUGUCUACCUGGUGGAGACAGAGAGCGAUGGGAUGGAGGAGUACAAGAUUCUGUUUGACCUGGUACUGGGGUCCUUCCAGGGCCUGAUGGUAGCCAUCCUCUACUGCUUCCUCAACACCGAGGUCCAGGGGGAGCUGAAGUUGAAGUGGAGGAGUGUGUCGUUGAAGCGCUACAUGUGGAGGGACUACCGUCUACACAGGGGGUCAAUCAGCCAUAACGGGACUGAUAACUCCACCCACUUCCAGCGUAACUCCAGAGCCCAAUCCAUCCUGCAGACAGAGACCACCUCACUGUGACACGACAGUAGUUCCAGCACCUCACUGUGACACGACAGUAGUUCCAGCACCUCACUGUGACACGACAGUAGUUCCAGCUGUGUAACCCCGGACUCUUUCUUUGACCCCGAAAGUAGAUCUGGGUUCAAUCAACCAGUCAAUCAAACAAUACAAGUUGAGGUGAAACUGAAAAGAGGAACAUUUGUAACAGAGAUAGAGAUAUUUCAAGAUAUUUGCUUGUUUGAUAAACGGAUUAACUUUUACCACAGUGCCAA